GGCGAGAAUAAUCCGCCCUUCCAGACCUGGUAUAACUGACCUGAUUGAGUUAAAGCCUUAUCAAGUUAGGAGAUGUCAAUCCGCCCUUCAUCUCUUUGUUUAGGAGAUGUCAAACCUAGCCAAACAAAUUCAACAGAGCAGCGACAGGGGACGACCAAUGACCAGCGACCAGAGACGGACCCGACAGCAUACUCCUGGCCUUAAGUUGGACUAGCGACCAGCCGCAACUGGCGCGUGCGACUAUGGCAUAUAGUUGCCUCUGCUCGACGAUUGCAGGUCUUGAGCGAGCAUAUGACGGCCUUCGAGCGAGCAAUAGGACGACGUUGAUUGCAGGUUCUUGCUGUUGUUGCGGAAAGACUAAAAAGUUGAAGAAUUUGUAAGGCUGCUGGCCUGCUGCGCCUUCGAUGAAGCUUUACUUGCUUUUGUGAGGCCCGUGAGCGGCAGAUCGGUUAAAACAGAUGCGGAAGAAAAAAAAUAGGAUCUUCGAGCAGAAGACAGAAGACAGAAAACGAAAAGAUUUCUAGCCGAUUUUUGACCUAGAGCGAGUUCGCGAAGGAAAGAAGCUAGAGAGACGGAAGACGGAAGAGCAGCUAAGGGCGAACGGACUUCGUGCGGCUAGCGUUCAAGCGGACGGCGGUUGGCAUUCCAGCGAACAGCGUUCCAGGGAACGGCAGACGGUGUUCCAGCGAACAACGUUCCAGCGAACGGCGGAUGGCGUUCUAGUGGGCGGCGGACGGCAUUCGAGCAGCGGAAGGCAUUCGAGCGGCUUUCGAGUAGGCGAACCUUCCUUUUCAGGUUUCAAUUUGACCAUGAUUAUCUUAGUUCACAAUUUGCUGCUUCUGUGAAUUCACUGUGUACAUAAUAGGUUUCAAUUUGUUGAUAUUGCCACUAUGAAGUUAGUAGAUGAUGUUAUUCAAUUUGACCAUGUUUAUCAUAGCUAACGCCCCUCGUGGUAGACGAAUCACUUCCUUCUAGCAGUACUUUAUGCGCUCCUUUUUGUUUUGCAACAGCAAUGAAUUAAGAUUUAAGAGUAAUACAGAGAGAGUGAAAAACCUCACUGAGUAAUGUUGUGACCUUGAACAGUUCAUCUUCCCUCAUUGCUAUUGUUCUCAAGGUACUCAAAAAAUCCUCGGGAAAAACAAGCCUAUUUGAGUAAGAGGGCAGCUUGCGUUCACCGCUCCAACUAUAGUUUUUCAUGUGAUUACCGGAGUGGUUAUCUAUUUGAGGCGUACAUGGAGGAAAGAAUCCUUCUUUCAACAAACUUCUUGGUAACAAACACCUCAUAUCAGCUUUCUGUAAGUACAAAAAGGGUUGUUUGAACUCUUUUAGAUCAUGUAAACAACAUGUGAGUAUAGUUGAACAUCAAAUGCAUUUAAUAAAUCAGAAAGGGAUUGCAGUAUUAACCGCUUGAGUCUCAACCAGCAGUUAAUAUUGGCUCAUACUUUUAUACCGUUUAAAGACGAGUAUUGAUUAAUGCAUGCGGAAUUGCAGUAUGAGGAGCUUCUGUAGUAAUUUGCUUGCCUUUUUUACAAUUCUCCUCUCUUAAAUGGAAACCUUCUCUUCAUUUGUGUUGUAUGCAAAAGGGAAGUGUUCUCUGACUUCUCUCUUCGAAUUGGAUUUUGUUCCUCACAGUAAUGCCUUGUUCUGGACCUCUUGUCAUGGUAUACUUUAUAGUUUCAAAAUUUUGACACAGAUGUACAUGCAGGUUUUAAAGGAACUGAAGAUAUUUUCAGUGAUAAAUCACUUGAGAAAUGAGAACUCAUUUAAGUCUAGUUAUGUGAAAACAAAAACUCUUUCAUCAGCUCUAGCUUAUGAGAUGCAGAGUUAUGUAACAACUAAAGACAAAGUUGAAUCUCUAUCAGGAAGUGAGCAGUGCUUGAGUUAAUUGAUAGCCAUAUGCCUUGUAUACUUGAGCAUGCUUCUGUCAUGGUUAGUUGGAGUAUAUCCCUUUCCAUUUCUUUCCAAAAUGGUUUAUCAUAUCUUCUUGUUUUUUUGCUAAAAAGGGGAAUUAAAGGUUUACGUAUGUGAAUUUGAAUCUGUAAGCAUUUUGACUUCAGAUGGAUCUAACACAGGAGAGUAGACCCUCACUUCACUAUUGCAAUUGUUCCUGAAAACGUGGUUGACAAUAGAAACCCUUUAACUUGAUUUUUAAAUACUUUAAUGCUUCCCGGGCUAUUUCAGAGAUUCAAAAUGUAUCAAGUGUUUCUUUAGCAGAUUUGGUAGAGGAUUAUAUACGAGAUAUACGGUCAAAGUUAAUGGACGUGAAUAGGGGUGUAAAUGAGCCAAGCCGAUGACAUGAAUCUGUAAGCAUUUUACAUUCAAUAAGUUUGCUCCAUGUAAUGUUUUUUAAUAACCUUUUUAUUUAAUUUGUAGCGAUUCGUCAAUUCGGAACCAUUCUCAUCAGAAGAGAUUGAUGAAGUACGAACUCGUUGUGCAUCAUGUUUAUGCUAAAAAUAAACUAACCUAAGAAUGAAACGGGAAUCGAACAAUUAUGAAUCAAUAAUGGAUCGAACACAAAUAUAGAUGUGCAAAUGAAGAAUUAAAUAUAUGGAAUAUCUUGUAUAUGGGAUCUCUCGUAUAUUUCUUGAGAAUUGAGUACAAAGUAAUAAGCUAGAUAGUUCAAAAUGAUUACUCUCUUCCUCUCCUGGGUUUGCUUCAUACUCUAUUUAUUAGCUAGAAUUUGCUCCCUCCCCAAGUUUCGUAUUUGCCUUCCUAUUUUGUCUCCACGUUUAACAGAUUGCACCUAUCCCCUUCUUUCCUUUGACUUAGUGUAGUGCUAAAUAACACACGUUUAUCCCCUUGGGCUCAAUCUUAUUUAGACCGCAUCCAUGGGCUCCUUCUUGUUGCUACUGGGCCCCUCGCUAUUGCUGAUGAAAUACCAGCCUAAAUAUUAGACAGAUUUGGGAUCCAACAUUUGCCUUCUUUCGAGAAGUUGAGGCGUAUGAGCGCACAUGUUGACCCGUUAAGCAUCAACUUUUCGAAAUCUUGAAAACAUUUAUACCCGUCAUCCUUGAAAUUACCCAUAUACAGUCAUCAUCGAUCUCAUGAGAUAUGUUGUAAACCUGCCAUUCGUGUAACAAGACGCUUCUGUCAACAUCGUCACUUUUCUGACGACAUGCUUCCAUCAACCUGUCACUUGUCUAAUGAGACGACUUCGUUAAUCUCCAUGCAAGCUGUCUCUGAUCUGAUCCGUUAUUUUGACUAAAGCGACAAAGAACGAAAGUUGAUCUCUUAUCAUCGUCCUCCGAAUUUCUGCUAAUGAUCAUAACUAGACAAUGUUGACGCAUUGAAAAUUUGUCCAGGUCGACAUCGACAUGUCUAGGGUGUUGACAUGUCUAGGAUGUCGACAUGUCCAUUGCUAGAGAUGGCGAGCCGGGUUACAUGAACGUAAUCAAAAUCCUGCAAAAACUAAAUUUUGUUUCGUUUAUGAUUUUAGUAAUAUCGUCGACAUGAAUAUUUACAAUUUAUGCCAAUGUCGUUUGUAUUGUUGUCUCCUUAUGUUUUGGAGCUUAUGUUGUCGUGCUCUUGGAGCACGUGCUUCUGUUGUGUACUUCUGUAGUUUUGUGUGUCGGCUGUCAUUCGUUUUGGCCAAAACGUGUAAGGUGCGUGGGUUUGUCUUUCAUAUUUUCGAUAUGAAUGGCCCAUGCUAGCCUUACUACUCCUUUUUACGUUGUUGGGGGUUAAGUGUAAGUGCCUUCUGUUGGCACGUUAAGUGAUCAUAGCGAUGUUUGUCAAUGUGUUCGCCACGUCAACACCCUGCACCAAGUCAUGUUGUCAGAGUCUGGCCGUUGGCUUUUGGCCAACGGCCUUCCGAUGCUUAAGUUAGUGAAUAUUUAUAUGUAAACAAAAGUAAUAAAUUAAAAUUAUGUAUACAAAACUAGACAAAUACUUAUCAUCAGGACUUGUCUAAAGUCAGACGAUUUCAAUCAUGUCGUCAGGUUUAUCAUCGGACGACAUGCCCCCAUCUCAGACGAUUUCAGUCAUGUCGUCUGGUUUAUCCCGUCACAGGAGUGACAACAAUAUGUAAAACAAAAUACCAAACUAAAAAUGAAACAACUUUAAGGGUACUGUAUUGCAGCUCUUCAGAACCUGUCUGUCUUUGGACGACAUGCCCCUUGUCCGACGAUUUCGAUCAUGUCGUAUGAUCUAUCUCUUCAUAGGAGUGACAACUAUAAAAGAAAAUAAUAAACUAAAAAUGAAACAACUUUUAAGGGUACCGUAUUACAGCUUUUCAGAACCCGUCUAGAAUCGGACGACAUGCCCCCCGUCUGACGACUGCGAUCAUGUCGUCUGGUCUAUCUCGUGACGACUUGUUCCUCAGGUCUCGAAUAUGGGUUUCCAUGCUUGUAAUCAUGCCUCCUGGGAGAUUCUGAUUUCCCAUGCCCCUGUUCGUGCUCAAUUUGUCUUCGACGGGAUCGUAAGUCUUCUUCUAGACGGAUGAAAGCUAACGUCUUUGCUUGGACAUCUUCGAAGGACCGACAAGGGUAUUUUGUCAGUUCGUGGUACAGCUCUGAAUCUUCAUACAAACCUCUUUUGAAUGCCUCGAUGACUGUUGGUAUGUCACGUCGGGGGACUGACACCUUCUCUUUGUUGAAGCGGUGGAGGUAAUCCGUUAAGGAUUCAUUGCGUUUCUGGACCACACGGUAGAGAUCGCUGGUCUGCUUCUCCAGAACCCGACUGCUUGCAAAUUGCUGGUUGAAGAGGUUGACUAACUCCGCAAAUGAGCUGACGCCUUCAUUCGGCAGAUUGACGAACCACGUCAGCGCUGGCCCUGUCAAUGUUGUCCCAAAUGCCCUGCACAUACAAGCCUCCCGCUGCUCUGGUCUGAUCGAGACGGCAAGCAUCUGCUGCUUGUAUUGAGCGACAUGUUCCAGGGGGUCGGUAGUUCCAUCGAAUAAUCUCAUCGAGGGGGCAACAAACUUUCUUGGAAUCUCGAUGUCCAUGAUGUGUCGUCCGAAGGGGGAAUCUGCGUAGCAUGUCUGAGAAGCGACAUCCAAUGGCGGUGGCACUCCGGGUAUACCAUUGAUCUUCUCUCGCAUUUCCCUCAGCUCUACCAUGAUGUCGGCUAAGGGGUCUGUUGGAUAUGCUUGCAUCUGUCUUGUCGUCGAUGUUGGUUGCGUCAUUGCGUGGGUUGCCUCCUGCCUGGUUGGCGAUGGUAUAAUGAUGACUUUGGAUUCUUGUUGUCUUUGGUUGUUGAUGUCGACAUGUCUUGGAAUGUCGACAUGUUGAGGGGUGUCGACAUGUCGAGGGAUGUCGACACGGUCUGGAACUCGUCGUCUCUGAGGUUCCGGAAAUAGACUGUGAAACACGUUCCUUCUGGGAUUCUGCAACAUAACCGUGGGUUGAUGAUUGCCAUUCGGUGACAACCCCAACGUAAGAGAUAGCGAGUCCGUUGUAUUGGUGAGUGAUUCGGUCGAGACUGGAAUGGGGUCCAAUUCGGUCGAGAAAAUGACGUGUUGCGCUCUCAAGUCCAAUUACAGCCUUGUUGCUGCUGUCAUGGCGUCACCUCUUCGGCUAAACCUUGACUUGGAAACUAUGGACACCACCGAUUGCACUUGAGAGCGCAACACGUCAUUUUCUCGUUGGAUAAAAGCAGUUCGUUGAGACAUUUCAUGCCGGAUUUCUUCCUUGUCGGCUUCCAAUUGUUCAUGAAAUUCUACAAGCAAUGGAUUUGUGCUUCCGACCAUGAUCGAUUCUUCUUUGUGCGAAUUUCCCACAGACGGUGCCAAAUUGUUUAUGCUAAAAAUAAACUAACCUAAGAAUGAAACGGGAAUCGAACAAUUAUGAAUCAAUAAUGGAUCGAACACAAAUAUAGAUGUGCAAAUUAAGAAUUAAAUAUAUGGAAUAUCUUGUAUAUGGGAUCUCUCGUAUAUUUCUUGAGAAUUGAGUACAAAGUAAUAAGCUAGAUAGUUCAAAAUGAUUACUCUCUUCCUCUCAUGGGUUUGCUUCAUACUCUAUUUAUUAGCUAGAAUUUGCUCCCUCCCCAAGUUUCGUAUUUGCCUUCCUAUUUUGUCUCCACGUUUAACAGAUUGCACCUAUCCCCUUCUUUCCUUUGACUUAGUGCAGUGCAAAAUAACACACGUUUAUCCCCUUGGUCUCAAUCUUAUUUAGACCGCAUCCAUGGGCUCCUUCUUGUUGUUACUGGGCCCCUCGCUAUUGCUGAGGAAAUACCAACCUAAAUAUUGGACAGAUUUGGGAUUCAACACAUCAUAUUUCUUAGAAAUGACGCAGUCCAUCAACGACACAUGAUGAACGUGUUUGGUUAAGUUUUUUAGUGAUGAUGAGAUUUGUAACUUUAUACGAUGUGUUAUUACUCUA